GUUUUACUACACGAUACAGAUAUUAGCGUUGUCUCCAAUACCUCCAUUGUGGCUUUGUGGACUCUGAAGUAAAAUAUUUGCAAAAUAUGUACAAGAGCCGAAAGUAACGCUUUCUAACCAGAUUUCAUAAUACCAUUUGUUUUGAUGUUGUGUUUUGUUUAUGUUUUACCCCUACAAUUGAAAGUCACCGGUGGAGAGAUGGACAUCCCAGUCGGUCAGUGGCUAGUAGGCCACGCAUAUCGUCCACAAGUCCGAGAAUACACGGGAGAGGGUGAGGACAACGUCGUGAUGGAGGGUAUACACAGUCUUGGACACAACUCAUUUACUCCAUGGAAACCGGUAGGAAAACCUCGCUACUACAAUAACUGGUUUUUCGUCCUGGACUAUCGCGCCAGUCACACCAUGACGAAGCUACGGAUUCUCAACGACGGCUGCGACUGGAACCACGACGUCUGGGCCUUUACACUGCAGUCAUCCGUCACGAGUAACCCCUACAACUGGACACACGUGCUAACCGUUACUGACGUGGCAGCGAACACCUCCCUCCCGCAGUACUACGGCGGUUUCUCGGCGUCGGGCCGCUACUGGAAGGUCACCAUAACGGCCACCUAUUCGGGCUGGGAGCCUUGGCUGAGACUGUUUCACCUGUAUGGAAUCAAAGACUCACCGUACCUCUGCAGGGACAUGGAUCUAUUUAGUUUUGACCCCGUAGUACGAGGGCCUACCUCGAGGUACACCAAAGACCGGAGCGACGAUAUCACGACAUUAGGGACUGUCCUAUCACGGAAGCAAAUUUUGGAACGUUCGGCGUAUGUAUACUACGUUCAAUGGACCGAUACCGGACACCGUAUUGAGUACGUAAUCGGCGACAGCGGACAUACACGACGGUUCGAUGUGUUCCCUGCCGAGCUUGGCUGUCGCAGAGAUGUCCAACCUGACAUGUUGUUACCCUUUGAUGCCGACGUCUGCUGCGUACCAGGCCACGUCGACUGGAAGCCUCAGCCUGAGCUCCAUGGACUGCAGUGCUCACACAGAGCCUGGUGCAGGGUGUGCGGGCAAAGCAUGACGGGAAACUCCUGUGGUUGUGACAAGAAAUGCCGGAUAUUUGGGGACUGUUGCCAUAACUACGAAGCCGCCUGUGGGGACGACGUAGAAGACGGCGAAGUUCUGCCGACAGUCAUACAGCCAGACUCCUGCAAGGGGCGAUGUAACAACGACAACAUCGUCAGUGCUGUGACGUGCAGCUGCACGAGUUCCUGCCACACGACGAAAACUUGCUGUGACGAUUUUCAAGAUGUCUGCCAAGGUGAAAAGGACGACUGGAAUGGGACCAAUGUCGUCAACGCUACUUCAGCAGAACACAGCGAGCCCCUGCAGUGUGUGGCUCCGUGGGGCUUCCGUGCUCACUUCUGGAUGGUAGCGAGCUGCCCGCCGGGCUACACCGACGACGUCGUCCGAGGGAUGUGCGAGACUUCGUACGAGAACGGCGACAUGUUUCUCCACGCCCCUGUCACGGACAACACCACCAGCACCCACUACAGAAACGUGUUCUGCGCCUUGUGCAAUAACGCUAGGUUCAUGAUAGGGUGGAAGAUGGUUGCAAAAUGUGGCAGAGGCGUGCGAUCACUGAAAGAAAUACUACAAAGGGAGAAUGGUUGCAGUCAGUAUUUCCGACCCGCUGGUUAUUCUCCUGCGCGAGUUUGCUUCCCUCCCCCUAGAACACCCCCUAGUCCGAACCCACGCUGCGACGUCCAAAAGUGUAGAAAUAUCACGGCUCUUUUCUUCGCACGCGGUUUACCCUUUAGAAACUCCGCUUGCGCGAAUUGUUACGCAGAUGAAAUGUCUCUUCGGGAAGCGUCGUGUUCCGACGAUGACUUUACAUGGGCUGGCUUCUUCUCGACCAUAACUGUCCUUUUCGACUACUCGGCCAUUUCCAAAAGCAAGAUGUCGUCCAAAGAACUCCAGCUGACCGACCACACUGAGUCAUGCCCGGUUGGAUACAUAUAUGAUCCGUUUGGUGACAUUUGCCGCCAAAUUUCGUCUGCUGCCCCGCCUAGAAUGGGCAAAGUCGCUAAUGGUGUCCAAGAGACGAGAGCUUCUUUGGAAGAUUCUGCACGACCUCUACUGUCUGCUUCCUUGGGUAAUCCUGAAAAUGUACGCAGUGCCAAUGAUCCCCUUGGUGGUAGUGCCCAAACCUCACGUCCUACGGUAGAUGACACACCCGCUCCAAAUACACGUCUCCCAAAGCUAAGCGCUACAUUUCUGGUCAUCAACACUGUCUCUGGUGCUUCUGCAUCAAUUUCCAUCCUAUCCUUCCUCUUCAGCCUACGACGCCACCCCCGUCCUGACACCGUCAUGAAGAUCUGCCUCCUGACAUGCCUUCUUCUGGCACAGAUCAGCCAGCUGCUGGGUCAGGUCGUUCCUUCAGCAGCCUGCUGCACGGCCAUGUUGGUGUGCACCCUCUGCUUCUGUCUGGCCGCUAGUCUGUCUCUCACUGCCACGAUCCAACACCUGUCUGUCCUCCAGCGAGGCGGGACCUGUAAAGCAACUGGCCAUCUCUUAGUCAUUGUGCUUAUUCCGCUAGCAGUUUCGGGAGGUUACGUCGCUUUGGAUGAUAACAUCCGCAUAGGGGUGCCUCAGACUUUCCAUGUUUUAUCUCACUGUUGGAUUCGAGACCCUACCAAGAUGGCAAUCUUCGUAGUCGUGCCCAUACUGAUCUCCACUGUAGUCGACCUGUACUACCUGCUGCGCGUUGCCAUUAGGUGCGCUGCCGCGGAUUGCGUGCAGUACUCCUUUCUGGCACAGGCGGCGCUGCUUUUUGUCCCGUACACCGGUGUCAUGACAACUGGGAUUCUCACGGCAUUCGUUGGUGUAGAGUUGGACACGGUUUUCCUGUACAUGGUGACCUCUCUAGGUGGGGUUGACGGGGUCCUGUUCUUGGUAUUUUCCAUUGUUGGCGAUGAGAACGACAACACUUCGAACGGCAACGCUCCAACUUUGCCUAUUCAAGCUGUAACUUCGAGUUCACUCAACUCUUCUACCAAAUAAGUCGGCAACAAAUUCCUUCUGUAUACUCAGAUAGGGAUCGAAGUCCCUUUUCCGCAUACCUACUCGGAUACGGGUAACACUGGUACAGCUAACAUGUUACACACAUACUUGCAGGUAGACAUGAAAAAUACCUGCACAACUGAAAUUUUACCUACACAAACUAGCAUAAGCAGGUAAUGUAUUGAGCCCUAAAAGUGUUCAAUUUUCGAUGUAUUAAAAGUUUAUCAUAUAUACAAAUGUUGAUAUCCAGAGCGCAAUACCCUACCGCAACAUUAGAUGUUCUAACGUGGCAUUCUUGGAUUUCAGACCAUUUCGCCUAUUUCCUCACUUGAUAGUAUGAUCUGUAGUUGCAAUUUCUUCAUGUUGUUGUCUGCUAUCUCGUAGUAGAGUGAUAUGUUACCAGGCUAAUGAAAAAAUGUAAGGGACCAUCGAAAGUGAUAUUUUUUUGGUACUUGAAUACCGGAUUGAAAUUAACCAUCCAAUCUCACUAGUGCCAACCUAACUUUUAAGAAUCAACUUAGAUCAGUAAAAUGAAGUGGAAUGAAUCAAUAUACUAUUCAUGAUAUACUGUUUGUUAAUACAGUGUAUACUGUCUGUGCAUAGUAAUAUGUUAGAGUGCCACCAUAUUAGAAGCAAGAUUACUUUAAUUACUUUAACGGCACGAUAUUCAUAAUUAUUUAUAAUGGAAGUUCAUCUCUGUUGGCAGUAGUCAUAGUACAUGCAAAACUUUCCUACAACACGAAGGUGUACAUGGAUCCAACAUUUCACAAUCACCGUCGCUUUCUUCGGUAAAAAUAAUGACCAAUCGCUCCAGAACGAGAGUUACAGACACAUGAUCUUGUCAACACGUGAUCUUACAGAUACGUGACGCCAGCAAUUGGUCAAACAUACUUGGAAGUUCAAGCAUAACGCCCCAAUUGGCUGGCACAAUAUUUAUCUGACUAUGUAACUUUCAGCUUUGUGGAUUUUCUAUAUUUUCCUGAUCGUAAUUGGUAUACUAGUACUGCAAUGGUGUGUAAUAUUCAUAUGAAAGUCCAUGCAUCAUUGAAUAUGUAGCUGGAUAAUGUAUGUCAAUUAUGGGAAUAGAUAUAUCUUUGAUGGUUUUGAAAAUAUAAUCAAUCCUUAGAUUCUUUAAAAUUCAUGUUUUUCGGUUUUCGACGUUAAGUAGUAUUUAGACAUCAGUUUGAAAAGCAUGUUGAACACCGUAUAUUUACCUUGCACAAAAAUAAACAUAUCUAAUAAUAUUUUUGUAUGCCUAUGUGAUGUUAUAUACGCACUCCAUACAUGUACCUGUCUAUGACAUACACACCUGUGUUUUUUGUCACUAGGAUGUGAUGUAUUUUGUAAAUUGUAGGGCAUUUGUCUUUCUCAAUCAAUUAUUUCUAUUCAAACGUCGCUGAAAACAAGAACUACCAUUUUA